AUGGAGGUGCCCCUUGUUAAUUUUGAGAACAUGGAUGAUGUUGGCAUUAACCUGGGGGACCCGAAUGACUCCGGGUACCCGACUUCACCCCCCUCAGAGGCUCCCAAUCAGAAUCUUUUGCCCCACCGCCUGAGUUCACCUCAUCAAUCGCCACACAGAGGACGACGUAGACAUCAUUCUGGUCAUGAAGGACUAUCACCUUCCACUCCUCCAUCUCUCACAGCUAAAGCAAACUCCAGCAGUGGCAGCCUGAUCUCUAAUCUGAAGCUCCUGAUCCACAGUGAGUCUCCCACUGACAGUGUCUUCAGUAAGAUGGCUAAGGAUUGCUACGAGAGUGAAGAUUUGUUUGAAAAGCACUGUAUUGAAGAAAAAGACGAGAAAGUUGUCAUCAAUGUUUCGGGUCUGAUGUUCGAGACCCAGCUUAGUACCUUGAAUAACUUUCCAGAGACACUGCUGGGUGACCCAAUGAAGAGGAUAAGAUACUUUGACCCGAUGAAAAACGAGUACUUUUUUGACAGAAACCGCCCAUCUUUUGAUGGCGUUCUGUACUACUACCAGUCAGGGGGGCGAAUCCGCAGACCGGCCAAUGUUCCCUUAGAUGUUUUCGCCAACGAAAUGGUCUUCUAUGAGUUGGGUCAUGAAGCCAUGGAGCAGUUCCGCGAAGACGAAGGGUUUGUCAAAGAGCCGGAGGUCCUUUUACCCACCAAUGAACUCAAACGGCAAUUCUGGCUCCUGUUUGAAUACCCAGAAAGCUCUAGUGCAGCCAAAUCUGUCGCUCUGGUUUCUGUGUUUGUCAUCGUCAUUUCAAUCGUCAUCUUCUGCCUAGAGACUCUGCCGGUGUUCAGAGAAGACUCUGACUAUUAUCCAGCUUUAACCCAACUCAUCAACGGGACCCAAGGUUCUGGUCCUCCCAUUAAAGAUGUGUUUGCAUAUUUAACAGACCCCUUUUUCAUUGUGGAGACUAUCUGCAUCAUUUGGUUCUGCUUUGAAGUCGGUGUCCGUUUUAUCGUGUGUCCCAGCAAAAGAGAUUUCUUCAAUAACAUCAUGAACACCAUCGACAUUGUCUCUAUAAUUCCCUACUUUGUGACCCUUGGUACUGAGCUGGCUACGACCCCUGACGAGGAUUUGAACUCCAGUCAGAACAUGUCCCUGGCAAUCCUAAGAAUCAUCCGUCUAGUGAGAGUCUUCAGGAUUUUUAAACUUUCCAGACACUCCAAAGGGCUUCAGAUCCUGGGGCAGACCUUGAAAGCCAGUAUGAGGGAACUUGGGCUGCUCAUCUUCUUCCUUUUCAUAGGAGUCAUCCUGUUCUCAAGUGCCAUCUACUUUGCAGAAGUGGAUGAGCCGGAGACGCAGUUUGUGAGCAUCCCCGACGGCUUCUGGUGGGCGGUGGUGACAAUGACCACUGUGGGAUACGGAGACAUGUGCCCCAUCACAAUGGGAGGCAAAAUGGUGGGCACCCUCUGUGCCAUUGCCGGUGUCCUGACCAUCGCCUUGCCCGUCCCUGUCAUCGUCUCUAACUUUAACUAUUUUUACCAUCGUGAGAAUGAGCAGGAGGAGAAACAGGUGAUGGAUGCGGCUGCAGAGGCUGCCCAGAAAAUGUCAGCCGCAAACAAGUAUGGAAGCACACCCUCACUAAACAAAAGUAACGGCAACUGGCAGAACGAGAAAAAUGGCACAAACUGCUAA